AUGUUUGUUUCAAUAUCUGAAAGGAUUUACAAUUUAGAUUAUUACAAUGAUUAUUCAAUUGGUGGAUUUAGAUUGGAAAUUUUUUCACCAAUCAAACGGAUUAAGAUCCGUUUAAAUGAUUUUUGUACUUUUAAGUCAACAAUUAACGAUGAUAAUCAACAAUCAAUUGAUUAUAAAUUCGUUCGUUGCAUUGGGAUCAUUUUACCAGUCCAACAAAUUUUUGAUAAUCUACAACAAUUUGAUUCUAAAUUUAUAUCAAGCCAAUUAACUUCUCAAUCACAAUCAUUUCCAUUGACUGAUUUAACUGAUAUUGGUUCACAUAUUAAAUUGUUGGUAUCAAUUGAUCAACAAUCAACAGUGGAAACUAAUCUAUGGGGAUUAAGAAGUAAAUUAAGAUUUAAUCAACACGAUAAUUACAAGAAUUGUCAAAUGAUUAAGUUUUCUGGAUACGCGAUUAAGAAAGGUUAUAACUUCUCAAUCACUUUAAUCAAAUCAAAUGAUCGUUGGUUUAUCAAUGGUUUUUCCAAUUGGGGUAUUACAUUGGUGUUCCCAAUUGUGAUUGCAACUAACUCUCAACAAUUAAUUGAUGGAGACGAGAAAAUUAAUCUUAUCCUCGGAAACAAAUAUCGCUUAUUCAAUGUAAUUGGUAAUCAAAUUAUCAACAGUCAAUCAUUUUACUCGAUCACAAUUGAUGGCUGUCCAGGGAUCGCUCAUUAUAUUAGAUUACAAGUAAUCAAUUAACAGCUUUAAUUACCG